GCGCAUUUUCGCGCUUUUUCCUCUGUGGAGGCGACUGGAGUGUAACGGUUCUGCGUCUCUCAUAGCGCUGGCACCUGUUGUACAGUAACGUUAGUUAACAGGAAUCAGUCACGAGUCAGUGCAACGUUUAAAACCAACAGUCGUCUCGCAUGAAGGUGUAGCAGCAAUGUCACAGCACUACUUUCACAGAAAAGACAACUUCACAUACCGGGACCGAAUCCCGCUACGGAUAGUUCGGGCUGAGUCCGAGCUUUCACCCCAGGAAAAGGCCUACCUGUGCGCUGUGGAAAAGGGCGACUACGCCAGCGUCAAACAAUCUCUGAUAGAAGCCGAGAUCUACUUCAAAAUCAACAUCAACUGCAUCGACCCCCUGGGACGUACGGCUUUGCUUAUUGCUAUUGAAAAUGAAAACCUGGAAAUCAUCGAGCUGCUUCUCAGUUUUAACGUGUACGUGGGGGAUGCGCUCCUACACGCCAUCCGAAAGGAAGUGGUGGGGGCCGUGGAGCUGCUUUUGAACCAUAAGAAGCCCAGCGGGGGCAUGCAGGUUCCUCCUAUCCUGCUAAACAAGCAGUUUUCAGACUUCACACCUGACAUAACACCUAUCAUCUUGGCCGCACACACCAACAACUAUGAAAUCAUCAAGAUGCUGGUGCAGAAGGGUGUUUCCGUACCCCAGCCCCACCAGGUGCGCUGUAACUGUAUGGAGUGUGUGUCCGGCUCGGACGUCGACAGCUUGCGACACUCCCGGUCCCGUCUAAACAUCUACCGGGCACUGGCAAGCCCCUCACUCAUCGCGCUCUCCAGUGAGGACCCGUUCCUGACCGCCUUCCAGCUUAGCUGGGAGCUUCAGGAGCUCAGUAAGGUGGAAAAUGAAUUCAAGUCAGAGUACGAAGAGCUAUCUCAACUGUGUAAGCAGUUUGCCAAAGAUCUACUCGACCAAACGCGCAGCUCCAGAGAGCUUGAGCUGAUUCUCAACUAUAAGGAUGAUAUAAAUCUACUAGAGGAUGAAGACAAUAAUGACCUCGCAAGGCUGAAGCUGGCUAUCAAGUACCAUCAGAAAGAGUUUGUAGCACAGCCAAACUGUCAGCAGCUGCUGGCAUCUCGCUGGUAUGAUGAGUUCCCAGGCUGGAGGCGUCGACACUGGGGCAGCAAGUUCACCACCUGCAUGUUUAUAGGAUUCCUCUUCCCUUUCUUGUCUUUGUUCUACCUGAUCGCCCCCAAGAGCACCUACGGCCUAUUCAUUCGAAAACCCUUCAUCAAAUUUAUAUGCCACACUGCUUCAUACCUGACCUUCCUCUUACUCCUGCUCUUGGCCUCUCAACACGUGGUGUCCAAUAAGCCUGAACAGCAAGGCCCACCGCCCACCACUGUGGAGUGGAUGAUCCUACCCUGGGUUUUAGGCUUUGUAUGGGCUGAGAUCAAACAGAUGUGGGAUGGUGGGUUUCAGGAUUACAUUCAUGACUGGUGGAAUCUCAUGGACUUUGUCAUGAAUUCUCUGUAUUUGGCCACCAUUUCGUUAAAGAUUAUAGCUUACAUUAAGUACACUGCAUGUGUGGAUCGAAAGUACUGGGAUAUUUGGCACCCCACCUUGCUGGCUGAGGCGAUGUUUGCCAUUGCUAACAUAUUCAGCUCUCUACGGCUGAUUUCACUCUUCACAGCGAACUCGCAUCUUGGCCCUCUACAGAUCUCUCUUGGCCGAAUGCUGCUGGACAUCCUCAAAUUUCUCUUCAUUUACUGCUUGGUGCUGCUUGCCUUUGCAAACGGACUCAAUCAGCUGUACUUCUAUUAUUAUGAAGAAAUACCACUUAACUCAACUGACCCGUGCACGGGCAUUCGCUGUCAAAAUCAAAACAAUGCAUUCACCACUAUGUUUGAGACAUUGCAGUCAUUGUUCUGGUCCAUAUUUGGUCUCGUUUCCCUGUACGUGACCAACGUUAAACCCGAUCAUAAGUUCACUGAGUUUGUUGGAGCAACAAUGUUUGGUACCUACAACAUAAUCUCUCUGGUGGUGCUUCUCAAUAUGCUAAUUGCUAUGAUGAACAAUUCCUACCAACAUAUUGCUGAUCAUGCUGACAUUGAGUGGAAGUUUGCCAGGACUAAACUAUGGAUGAGCUACUUUGAGGAAGGUGGCACACUGCCUCCUCCCUUCAACAUCAUUCCCAGCCCAAAAUCAUUGUGGUACCUCUUCUGCUGGAUCAGGAGGCACUGCUUUAAAGUUCAAAGCAGAAAAAGAACUGAAACAUUUGGAUCUCUUGGGAUGCGAGCAGCUGAAAACGUCCGCAUAAGUCGGCAAUACCAGGAAGUGCUCAGAAACCUGGUUAAGCGGUAUGUAGCAGCAAUGAUCAGGGAUGGCAAAAAAGACGAGGGGCUAACAGAAGACAACUUUAAGGAACUCAAGCAGGACAUCUCAAGCUUCCGUUAUGAGGUGUUGGGGAUGAUGAAAGGUGUCAAACAUGGCAUGCCAGGCUCAAAUGUGACUGCAGGCUCAAAUCUGGUAUAUCCUGAUAGUGCUCUAAAGUGCAAACCUUCUUCAUCCGGAAGUCAACUUAGGAAAAAGAGCCUGAAGAGUGUCACCACCUCUAUCAUUCAGGAGGGUGGCACCAGUACUUGGAAGUCUGGUGGCUUUAACUGCCUAACUGAUGGAUCUGUCCCAAACAGGACUGUGGCCACCGGACUGUGCCAUCAAAUGAACAACAUAGGGACAAACAAACCAUGUGAGAUUUACUCUUUGUCAGAGGAAGCUGAUGAAUCGGACACAGAAGAAAAUAAUGAUGGUGUACAGAGCCCCAAUCGUAAAUCGACAGAGAUUCAAAAUACAAAACCUGAUCCAGAGAAGAUCGACGUAAAGGAGCCAGUGAAAAAGGACGAUGAAAUCUCAAAAAUGCACUUUAUGAGUGAUACAAUUAAUGAGACAGACAAGGAAUGUGAAGGAUGCAGGUUAUAGCAGCGUAUUAGAUCCGGAAAUCUCUAUCCCAGUAGCAGCUGUGUUUAAGGUCCGGCAUCUGAUCAUGAAGUGCAGUACUGGAGUCUCAGGGAUGAUUGUCCCCUUCAGGUGAAUUUGGGGUCCAGUGUUGUCAUUCACAGCUAUUAGUACUAUACCAAGUGUGUAAACUAUCUUCGAGUUUAUUAUUGCUCUGCUCUCCUCUCCCUGUAUAUGAAGGAGCAAUAGCUGACCCCUUGCUAGUACUUUAAUUCUGCCUUACUCAGUCAGAUUUAGCAUUUUUUGCUGUACAUGUGUUAUACCAUAAGAGAUGUCAUUACUGUCACGCAACCUAAUAUCUUGAAUAAAGGUUACUAUGCAAAUA